UAAAGCAAAAAAUGCAGCAAUAUUUGCAAAAAAUUUGGUACUGGUAAUAAAAGUUUACACAAAAUGCAGGUAAGCAUGAUAAAGACAUGAGAAUUGAAAACUCUUCGUUGUUGUUUUUAAGGCUGGAUCUUGGUCACGUUUUUUUUCUUUUCGCAGAAGACAUGACGUAAACUUAUGAAUUGCUUAUGAUUUGACCAAUUAUGACUAUAAAUAAAAUCAACGAGACUUACACGUCAACUUGCGUAUAAUCAUGUAUUAAAUAUAUUUUACCAAAAGUGUUCAAAAAUGAAAGAGUUUGCAUGAAUGAAUUCGAAGCUUGUGUUUGCGUCGGUACGCUAAAUUGUAUGUUAUAUCUGAGAAUUUACCAAAACAAAAUCAAUUCAAAACCAACAAGAAACAAUGUUGUCUUGCUUACUGUGUGCUUUCAUCAAUUUGAUCACAGUUAAAUCCGACUAGCUGAAAUCUAAAGUUUGCGAAAUUACAACAAAUACAUCAAAAUCUUUGUUACGAAAUUGUCGUUUCAUAGAUUUCAAUCUCAAUCUAUCUAUCUGCAACGAUUAAAGCACUACACAUCAUAUUUGAGAGUAGUUAUUUAUGUAGUAUGGGCAGCGAUAUUUCGUCAACGGUAGAACUGGGCGGGGGUAAGUACGUGUACGACACCAAGAAAUCACUAGGGCAUGGGGCAUUUGGGGUUGUGUACUUGGGUCACGUCAACGAUCGGUCUCGCAAAUCAGUGGCUGUCAAAUGCAUAGACCUUAAGGAUGACAGCCGAGAUAAUCUUAUGAGAGUGCUUCACGAGGUAACUCUCCUGCUGACGCUGAAGCAUGACAAUAUCGUGCAGACAUAUAAUUGCUAUCCCACGGAUGCAUGCAUAUAUCUUGUCAUGGAGUUCUGCAAAGGUGGAGAUCUUAGCAAAAUACUGAGUAAAGUCCACAAACUCACGGAACCGGUCAUUCAAGCAUUCUUGAAACAAGUAGUCGCCGGUCUUGGAUACCUACACUCCCAGAACAUCAUUCACCGCGAUUUGAAGCCUCAGAACAUUUUAAUCGAAUCAGAUGAAGCUCUUCAAAGCGCAGACAUUGAUCCAGAUCAGUGUGUUCUAAAAAUAGCCGAUUUUGGGCUAGCAAAGCAGAUGGAAAAGAAUCAGUUGCUCGGAACAGGUUGCGGAACGCUCGCCUACAUGGCACCGGAGAUCAUGUGUCAAUCAAAGUACGACUCCAAAGCUGAUAUUUGGUCACUGGGCGUAAUCCUGUACGAGUGUAUGAUGGGAAAACUUCCUUUCGACUUUUUGGACUUGCCAAAUCUUAUGACUAAUUACAAAAGCAAUGGUAAAGGAGAUCUGAAAUUGGAUAUUUCGGGAGAAACUUCGGGAUUCUUGAAAGACUUAUUGAGGCAAAUGUUGCAAGUGGUACCUGAGAAAAGAGGGAGCUACAAGUCAGUGACUAAUCAUCCUUUCCUCAAAACGCCGCAGCACCCAACGGUACCGUGUCAACAUGCGACGGCGCCAACCCAGAAAACUGAAGCCGAGUGGAAGCAGAAAGCGUACUCAAAAAUGGUUGAUUGUGGCAAGAGUGGAUUGGAUGUUCAUGAUACGCGCCAUGAGGUGAUAGAUAUGCUGAGCAGUUCCUACCCAUUGUACACUUGGUUUGUCCAUACUGCACCCAAAGACCUCAAGUACAGCUUAAAGUACAGACUGGAUGGAUUUGGAGAAAUGGCCGAGUGGAGGAAUGACCCAGAGUGCACACAUAACAUGUAUCUGUAUAAAGUGGCCACAUCCAAACUGAGAGACAGAGGAGGGAAAUGUACAGAUGAAGAUAAAAAGAAGGCUGUGAAGAUAGUUGACGAUGUGGGUAAGAGUGACAUGUGUGGAGCUAAUAGUAACUGCAGUGUAGAUAGAGUGGCUGAGGAGGUGGAGUCUCGUUUGAACAGAGAUUCACUCCACUGGUUAACCAUCGAAGUGUGGGAAAGGGAAACUGGUUAUGGUUGGUCUGAAUGGUUCGAUCAUAGUAAUUUUAGCAAUAUCUAUAAAUCUAGUGAUAAAUAUUUCAUUGAUGUCUACCUCUCCAACUGACUGUCCGCCAUACAUGUCCCAACUCUCCUUCUUCAUCUCCACCUGCCAUCAUCAUGCAUAAACAUAUCCUUCCCGAUGCACCCAAUUUACUCAAUCUGUCAUGAUUACAUGCAUUUACACACCACUUCGUACCCAUACUCACUGUGAGUAUUAAAUACACAUACACAUCUCCCAUCCUUUUACUCACUUUGCGCAGUGCAAAUGUUACUUAGAGUUAGUUAUUGUGUAAACCCAUUGUGUGUAACCCCUUUUAAACUCGUUUAUUCAAGUAAUCUCUCUCGAACUGUGUAGUAACUCACUAGGGACAGUAAACGCUCAUCUGAGCCAGAUGGUCAUGGUGUAUUUCCAUCAUUAACACGUAAUCAUUUUUACCACUAUUUAACUAGUUGAAAAACAGAAAAAGAUAUCUCAUUGUUUCUACCUAAAAUCAAAUAGUCGAUUUCAAACUACUAAGACUAUGAGAGGCUAUGUGUAUUUACCAUGAAACCAAUCAUUCGAUCAACUGAUUUAAUUUCAUUGUGAACAGUUUUUUAUUGAAUUCGUACUCAAUAUCGCUCAUCGCAAUGACGUGGCUGUUUUACAACUUCAAAAAUGAUCAAUUAUCUCUUGUCACAAUUGAACUUCUGCCACGUUCUAAUUCGAGCUUUUGCUAACUGUAAUUGAACAACUCAAACAAACUGACUGAUUGAUUCACGACCAACAAAUUUCUUUGCAAUAAUAAUAUAUAAGUUCAAAAAUGCCUGUGGUAGCCUGCUGCAAAUCGAGCUAUAAAUUGAGCUAUAAUUGUGGAUAAAGCAAUACGUAAACGUUCAUCGGCGCUCACAUGUUUUUAAUACACUGAAACACUUCUGUUUCAUAACAGAUAGAACAAACAGUUUGGAAAUUUAAAAUUAUACUAAUGGAGUGCUAUAUUUUAGUGAAGUGCCUCAAAACAAGUUGAUUGAUAAUUUUUCGUUUUUAUGAUGUAAUUUUAAUGCUUGAUCACUGCAGAUUUUGAGGUAGUCUUGUAAAUUAGAUAACUAAAAGUUAUGUUCUUGUGCUUAUUUUGACUACUCGGGUUGAUAAUUAAUUUAGAAAUUGUUUUUAUGUAGUAAAAACUGCAAAAAUUAAUCUGGUGUGUAAUAGAUGACUGUACAUAGAAUUA